AGGAAGUAAAAUUAUACAAGGGCAUGUGAGGUAGGUUGGUGUCAUAUACCAUAGUUCAUUUGUAAUACAUCGUGCAUUUAAUGUUUUAUGAUAUUUGUACUAAAAGGUCUGAGUUGUCAGUGAGUACUCGCCUUCUCUGCUGAAAUGAAUAGCUGUCUGCGAAUUUAAAUUGAAUGCAUUGCGGACUCCGUUGAAAGUGAACUUUACCCAAGCCUCCCUCGUUCCUAGAUGGCCCCCAAACCAUUAGCACCGUUAGCAAGGAGACUGUUCAAAGGAGUAGUACUACUUGAAGUUGCAGGUGUGCUAGGUGCUUAUGGUCUUUUUUACAAGAUGAACACAAGUCAAGAUUUCAGGAACAGAAUGAACAACAUGCUUCCCUCUGUCCUGGAAGUUUAUUACAAGUCCAACGAAUAUGCUGGGGUUUAUGGGAUUCGAGAGAAAGACCUUGAAGAUUGGUCCAAGAAGGAAUAGAGGGUCUUGAUGUCUCUGCCACGGACCCAGUCGUCUCUCUGGGCUUCCCACUUGAGCUGCCUGACGCCUGGAGGAAGAGAAGACGGAAGAGCAAUGAGCAAUAACCAGACUGCAUCCUCUACUAAAGUUAGGUCAUCAUCUGUAUUCAACAACCUGCUCCAUAUGAAAUGUGCCCAGUGGUUAUCGUCUUAGGGUUACCUUUAGAUCAGUGGUUAUCCAUCCUGGUCCCGGGGAACCAAAAACAUUUGGUUUUGCCCUAGCACUACACACCGGAAUCAAAGCCUGAUGAUUUGAAUCAGGUGUGUAGCGCUAAGGCAAAAACUAAAAUGUACACCCCUUUUGGGUCCCCAGGACCAGGAUGGAGAACCACUGCUUUAGAGCCAUCAUCCUUGAGAGAAUAGCCUAUUCUGUGCAACGUUAAAAGGACUACUAGAGUAUGACUGGGUGUGCUAUAGGGGGUUAAUCAGUUAGCCACUGAAAAUACAUUUGACCGGUCAUGCUCAUCAAUCUAUAGGUUAACCUGCAUUAUUUGGUGGAAUUAAAUUGGUGUGUAUUUUUAUUAGUCGUCAUGCAUCUUAUCACACACACACACCCUAGUUUGAGGAGUGGAAUGACCCAUCACCUGUCAGACAGCGCAAGAGCAGGUCCUCAAAAAGCUAGUACUGGUGUGAAACAUGCUUUUGUAUGCCCAGCCAUUGUGCAGCAAAUAAUUCUAAAUGCAGUCGUAUGUUAAUGGUUUUGAUAGCCACGAUUAAAAAGAGCUGCCAGGUUUAUUUCUUAUUAAAGUGCAUAGGCUAUCAUGUCACUCAUUACUUUACAUGUGAGCUUGAGGCAGUAAUUGUUUGAAACCCACAACUUUUACUUUACUUUAAAUAAGGAAGGUCUUACCUUCAAAGUAGCUUAGCCAAAUUCUAACCAUAGAAAUGUGAAGGCAAUUAUUUUAUAGAAUUACCCAGAAUUUCUGUUCUAUUGGUUUCAUAUCAACUUUCUGUCGUUGUCCAGAAGCCAAAGGCACAAUCCGAGUCAUAUUAGCAGCCCAUCCUAGUUGUUGCUCUUAGAUUCCCCCUUUAAGUUUCUUAAAGGAGAGUUUCAUAUGGAACCCCUUGCAAUAGAGUGGUGCUGUUUAGAGUGGUAUUUUCCGGCAAAUUACAUUUUGACAAAUGUCUGAAAAUCACAUUUUAAUUAUCUGCUUCAUUACAACAGGUGCAUGGUCAAUAAUAGGCUAUAGCCUUUUGACUGUAAGACGAUAGACUUGCUAUUGUUGCAUGUUUUCAUUAAGCACUUAAUGAAACAUGUCCGUUUCUUGUAUGCAUGCAUAGUAUUUUCUAUUGGUCACGUAAUUUUACUGUCUAGAAAAAAUGUAACAGUUUGUUGACCAGUUAAUGAGGGUUGGUUAAUCGGCAACAAAAUUGCCCGAAAUGUGCUUCCCUAGUAUGCUCUAAACUGCUGUGAAGAUACUGACUCUCUCCAUGGGGGAUAUACUGUGGUUUUCCGCUAGUAUCUAGCCAACUAAAUAAAGUAAUUUAUAUGAAUUGG